UUGCUGGCUAAAAGAUCUCUCCCUUCCCCAGAAACAACUCAUUUGUCUGCUUGGCCACCUCCUCCCACCCCAGGAACGGCCGCGCUUGGGUGCACGGAGCUCUUCCUGGCGGGAUGAAAGUCGACAGAUAAAACAUCAGCAUCAGGUCGCAGCAUUCCUCCCUCCUGGCCAAGCUGGCAUGACGGCGAUGAGGAGCUAAGCUGCGAUGCCUGGCCGGUGAUGCAAGGCUCGAUCUUUCCAGCACGGUUUUCCCUCGGGCUCCAGGCUCUCCCGCGGGUGCAGCUCGGGGUGGUUUGGGUGUGGAGCUCCGGCAGCCUCCACCCGCUCAGGACCCGGCCCUGGAAGCUGUGGAGUUGCAGGCACACUUGGAGCUUUCUUGGGGCUUUCUCGGUGUCCCAUCUCUGCCUUCCCCUCCCGCCUUCGCCGAGCCCCAGCUCCUCGCCCGGAGGAAGGGUGCACGUUGUGGGCAUCUCCCAUCCACCGAAAUCUAUGAUCAGCUCGGUGUGUGUCUCCUCCUACCGUGGACGCAAGUCUGGGAACAAACCACCCUCCAAAACAUGCCUGAAGGAAGAGAUGGGCAAAGGGGAAGAGUCGGACAAGAUCACCAUCAAUGUGGGUGGCACCCGGCAUGAGACCUACAAAAGCACCCUGCGGACUUUGCCGGGCACCCGCCUGGCCUGGCUGGCCGACCCCGACGCCCAGAGCAACUUUGACUUUGAUGGCAAAAGCAACGAGUUCUUCUUCGACCGGCACCCCGGGAUCUUCUCCUACGUGCUCAACUACUACCGCACGGGAAAGCUGCACUGCCCCGCGGACAUCUGCGGGCCGCUCUUCGAGGAGGAGCUGACCUACUGGGGCAUCGACGAGACCGACGUGGAGCCCUGCUGCUGGAUGACCUACCGCCAGCACCGCGACGCCGAGGAGGCCCUGGACAUCUUUGAGAGUCCCGAGCCUGGCGGAGGGGCUGCUGGAGAGGAGGCUGAAGAGGAAGGGGGUAGGGAGAUGGCCCUUCAGCGCCUGGGCAUGGAUGACAGGCCGCCAGGGGCGGCGGGGGCGGCUGGAGGGGGUGGCUGCUGCCGGAACUGGCAGCCCAAGAUGUGGGCGCUCUUUGAGGAUCCCUACUCGUCCAAGGCGGCAAGGGUGGUUGCUUUCGCCUCGCUUUUCUUCAUCCUGGUCUCCAUCACAACCUUCUGCCUGGAGACACACGAGGCCUUCAACAUCGACGUCAACGUGACGGAGACCCUGGUGGUUGGCAACACCACGACGGUGCUGCUGACCCACAAAGUGGAGACGGAGCCCAUCCUCACCUACAUCGAAGGGGUCUGCGUGCUGUGGUUUACCCUCGAGUUCCUGGUUCGCAUCAUCUGCUGCCCAGACAAGCUUCUCUUCAUUAAAAACCUGCUCAACAUCAUUGACUUUGUGGCCAUCUUGCCCUUCUACCUGGAGGUGGGUCUCAGUGGCCUGUCCUCCAAAGCUGCCCGGGACGUGCUGGGCUUCCUGCGGGUGGUGCGCUUCGUCCGCAUCCUCCGGAUCUUCAAGCUGACGCGGCACUUUGUGGGUCUCCGGGUGCUGGGCCACACGCUGCGGGCCAGCACCAACGAAUUCCUGCUCCUCAUCAUCUUCCUCGCCUUGGGGGUCUUGAUUUUCGCCACCAUGAUCUACUACGCCGAGCGGAUCGGAGCCAAGACGUCCGACCCCACCGGCAGCGACCACACUCACUUUAAGAACAUCCCCAUCGGCUUCUGGUGGGCCGUGGUGACGAUGACGACCCUGGGCUAUGGUGACAUGUACCCCAAGACCUGGUCGGGGAUGGUGGUGGGGGCCCUGUGUGCCCUGGCCGGGGUGCUGACCAUCGCCAUGCCCGUGCCCGUCAUCGUCAAUAACUUUGGGAUGUACUAUUCCUUGGCCAUGGCCAAGCAGAAGCUGCCAAAGAAGAAGAAAAAGCAUAUACCCCGUCCAGCCCCGCUGGACUCCCCCACCUACGGCAAAUCCGAGGAGAACUCGCCCCGGAACAGCACCCAGAGCGACACCUGCCCCCUGGCAGUAGAGGAGGGGGCAACUGAGCGGAAACGGUCAGACUCCAAGCAGAAUGGUGAGGCCAACGUGGUGCUGUCGGAUGAGGAGCAGCCGCUGUCGCCGACGGACGAGGAGAAGCGGCCAAUGCGGCGCUCCAGCACCCGGGACAAGAACAAGAAAUCCUCCACGUGCUUCCUGCUGGCCACGGGGGACUUCUCCUGUGCAGCAGAUGGAGGCAUCCAGAAAGAUUCCUGCCAGGACACCCUCGCUUCCAGUUACCCCCAGGGUGAGGUGGUCACCUUCUCCUGAGCCCCAGCUGGAUGCAGGCAGUGCCCUGGUGAGGGAUGCCUUCCCCAGGGGAUGCCUUCUCCGAGGGGGAAGCAGGCUCUCCCUAGGGCCACGGGAUGCUCUUCCUAAGGCUAAAGGAUGCAUUCCCCCAGGGAUGCUCUCCCCAAAGCCCCAGGAUGCUUCCCCUCAGGCUGGGACACGCAUUCCCCCAGGGAUGCUCUCCCCGGGGCCAAGGGAUGUUCUUCCCAAGGGAGAUGCUCUCCCCGGGGCCGAGGGAUGCUCUUCCCAAGGGAGAUGCUCUCCCCAGGGCUGAGGGAUGUUCUUCCCAAGGGAGAUGCUCUCCCCAGGGCUGAGGGAUGCUCUUCCCAAGGGAGAUGCUCUCCCCGGGGCCAAGGGAUGCUCUUCCCAAGGGAGAUGCUCUCCCCGGGGCUGAGGGAUGCUCUUCCCAAGGGAGAUGCUCUCCCCGGGGCCAAGGGAUGCUCUUCCCAAGGGAGAUGCUCUCCCCGGGGCUGAGGGAUGCUCUUCCCAAGGGAGAUGCUCUCCCCGGGGCUGAGGGAUGCUCUUCCCAAGGGAGAUGCUCUCCCCGGGGCCAAGGGAUGCUCUUCCCAAGGGAGAUGCUCUCCCCAGGGCUGAGGGAUGCUCUUCCCAAGGGAGAUGCUCUCCCCGGGGCUGAGGGAUGCUUUUCCCAAGGGAGAUGCUCUCCCCGGGGCUGAGGGAUGCUCUUCCCAAGGGAGAUGCUCUCCCCAGGGCUGAGGGAUGUCCUCCCCAAAGCCCAGGGGUGCUCUCCCCGAGGCUGGGACACGCAUUCCUCCAGGGCUGCUCUUCCCAAGGAGCUUCCUUUCCCCAAAGCUCCAGCUCCGUCCCCGGGGAGGGGUUGGCAGCUGGGUCCCCCCGAGAGGUGCCGCAGAGCAGCGGGGCCGGGGGGAGGCUGGGGACAGCCCCGUUCCCCUUUCUGGUGCCAGCCCUGCCACGGCCAUGCUGCCCCUGCACCCCCUGGGCCGCCUCCUCCCCUCGCCCACGCUUCUGGCUGCACCUCACCCUCCAGCUCUGGAGAUCCAGCUGCUCACCAGGACACCUCUGCCCGCGGCUGCGCCCGUGCUCUGACCCCCCAUCGUCACACGGCCACUGGGAACCUCCUCCAGGCACUCCAGGGUGCCAAAGGCUCCACUGUGGGUGCCACUCCAGGGUGCCAAAGGCUCCACUCUGGUGCCACUCUGGGGUGCCAAAGGCUCCGCUCUGGGUGCCACUCCAGGGUGCCAAAGGCUCCGCUCUGGUGCCACUCUGGGGUGCCAAAGGCUCCACUCUGGUGCCCCUCCAGGGUGCCAAAGGCUCCACUCUGGUGCCCCUCCAGGGUGCCAAAGGCUCCACUCUGGUGCCCCUCCAGGGUGCCAAAGGCUCCACUCUGGUGCCCCUCCAGGGUGCCAAAGGCUCCACUCUGGUGUCCCUCCAGGGUGCCAAAGGCUCCACUCUGGUGCCACUCUGGGGUGCCAAAGGCUCCGCUCUGGUGCCACUCCAGGGUGCCAAAGGCUCCACUGUGGGUGCCACUCCAGGGUGCCAAAGGCUCCACUGUGGGUGCCACUCCAGGGUGCCAAAGGCUCCACUGUGGGUGCCCCUCCAGGGUGCCAAAGGCUCCACUCUGGGUGCCACCAUUGCCCCCUCCCACGGGUGCUGAGCCCAGGGACACGGGGGGCCCGGCAGGGGGGUUGGGGCGCAGGGAUGGGGAUGGGAAGCAAUAGGAGGCCGAGGUGUGGGGAUCCCGGCUGGCCUGGAGGCGUCAGGGGCCUUCCAACGCUGUUCCAUAUCUCUGUGACAAGGCAAUACUACUCCUGUCUCCGUCUGUCCUGUGCGCAUGCCUGUCCAACGUGUAGAGUUCCAAUAAAGUCAUCCGUGAGCUGAGUCAGCUCCCGUA